GGGAGGGAGAGAGAUGGCCUUCUCUGGCCUUCUUCCCCGAAGAGUAGAGAGAAAAACUCUCUCCCUCUCUCUCCCUCCUGCAACUUGUAAUCGUUUCUAGAAAGAUAAUCCGUUUUCGCAAUUCCAAACUUUGGCUAAUGGCUUCUCUCUGCUUCGUUGGUUCACAGAUUCGCUCGUUUCGUUUAGCUAAAGCGAGCUCACAGCAAUGGAGUCGGUGGGAAAAGUCGUUAGGAAGGAGAUCGACGGGGUCGGGUUCUGCUUCGGUACGGUGCAGUCUUACGAUCCUUCUGGAUUUUACGAGAUCGUUUACGAGAAUGGCGUUACGGAGACUUCGAGUUUGACCGAGUUUGCUGCUCUCCUGGUGGGAGAAGGCCAAUUCGAGGAAGCGGAAACGCCGGUUCAAGUGAAUGGUUGUAAGAGGAGCAGGAAGCGGCCUCGGGAGAAUGUCAAGCGAUACAGUAAGACGUUGCCGAACGAGGUCAAUGUGAUGAGGGAUGUCGAUUUGAACGAAGAGAUUCCGGAGGAGGAUGCUGGGGUUAGUGACGGCGGUUUGAGAGGGAAUCUUGAUUUGAAUCGUGCACCUGUGGAGACUCUAGAUUUGGAUUUGAAUACGGCGGUGCCGGAGCCUGAUGAAGGUAUUGGUUACGAGAAGAAUUCUAGUAACAAAAGGAGGAGAUUGAUUGAUCUGAACAUGGAUGCGAGCUGUGAUUUGGAGGAUGCUGAGGUCCGUGACUUGAAUGCUGACGAGAGGGAGGGAUGGUUUGAUUUGAACGUGGCGGCUGACGUGGAGAACAGCAAUGCUGACGUACUAGUUCAGAUGAACGGAGAUGGCGAAGUUCAAGAAACCAACGUGCAGGAUGAAAACGGUGUCCAGGAUGAUCUUGAGGCUGGAGGAUUUGAAGAAGUCCAUGUUGCUGAAGUCUCCAGCGGUCAGAUAUUGGAGGAGAUACAGGAGGAGAACACUGUUUCAGCGCAAGAUCUCAAGGCUCCUGAUGCUAAUGGAUCUGAGGGGGAUCAUGAUGUUCCUGAGCAUAACAGUGCUUCACUGCCAGAUCUCAAUGCUCCUGAUGCUAAUGGAACUGAGGGGGAUCAUGAUCUUCCUGAGCAUAACAAUGUUUCACCGCAAGAUCUCAAUGCUCCUGAUGCUAAUGGAUUUCUCUCUGAUAGGGAUCAUUAUCAUCCUGUCAGUAGCACUGUUACAGCUUGCUUAGCUGAUGAAGUAUCGCCUGCUCUGUCAGUUAAUUGUCUGACAGCCGAGAAAAAUUGGAUCGUUGAGGAGAUCUCUUUGCUUCCGCCAAAGCCACAGUUACCUCCAUCCUCACCUAAUUUGAAUUUGGAUGGUCUUCCCAUUCCGUAUGUCUUUGCUACUUACUCUUUUCUGCGGUCCUUCAGUACUGUGCUGUUUUUGAGUCCCUUUGAGUUGAAGGAUUUUGUGGAAGCGCUGAGGUUCACGUCUCCUAGUCUACUGUUCGACAGCAUCCAUGUUUCCCUCUUACAAAUGCUAAGAAAAGAUUUGGAAAAACUCGCUGGUGAAGAUGACCAGUCUGCGACUCUUUGCCUGAGGAGUCUUGAUUGGGACAUGUUGGAUGUGGUUAAUUAUCCCCUUUAUGUAGUCGAAUACCUGCUAUUUUCUGGUUCUAAGGACGGCCCUGGAGUGGAUCUAACUCGGUUUAACUUUUUCAGAAAUGAGUACUUCAGACUGCCCAUGGCUCUGAAAACUGAGAUACUUGCCUGUUUGUGUGGUGAUAUGAUGGAUGCUGAAGUUGUGAUAUCAGAGCUUAAUAAAAGAUCUGCUGGUGGUUCCUUUGACAGGAACGUUGACGAAUGUUUUAUUUGUAAAAUGGUUGGUAACUUAGUGUGCUGUGAUGGUUGUCCAGCUGCCUAUCAUUCUAAGUGUAUUGGUGUUGCCUUGGAACUUUUGCCUGAGGGUGUCUGGUACUGCCCUGAAUGUUCAUUUGACCGGCAUGCGCCAGGAUUGAAGCCUGCAAAGCAAAUUCGAGGAUCACAGUUAAUAGAGAUUGAUCCCCAUGGCCGAAAGUACUACAGCAGUUGUGGCUACUUAUUGGUGAUAGAUAGCGACGGUUCAGGCUCAGCGAACUACUACCAUGCAAAUGGUGUGAUGCUUGUGCUGGAGCAGCUCAAGUCAUGCGGUAGUUUCUAUGUUGACGUAACAACUGCAAUUAAAAAGCACUGGAAUAUCCCUGUUACGGCUCCUCUAUCAGCUCCAGAAAAACAGGCAACAUCUGGAGUUAAGAACAGGCUGGAGGAAACAUCCAGGAAUGGAGGUUCACAUCUUCGUUGUCAUAGGACUCUUCGGGAGAUAUCAGAUUCGGCUACUGAACCAGAUAUCCUCAAUAUGAGUUCUGAAGGAUCUGCCGAAACUGCAAACAAUGGUUUGGAUGUCAUGGAAGAGCCAAAUAUGAUGAACACAAGGGAAGAAGUUAGACCUAAUGCGCAGAGUGAAUCGGGCUACAGAAACCAGUACAUAUUUGCUCAGUUGACUACAGCAAUUUCUGAAGAGAUGGCACGUAACUCACCUGACCGUGCUAAUGAUAUGAGAUUUGAUGAAGAGAUAGCUUCGACCCAGCUGAAGACUAUAUUGAUGAAAGCCAACAAAUUUCAAUGGCGAAGCAUCCAAGGCCUCUACCUAGAUGCAUGGAAAGAAAAAUGUGGAUGGUGUCAUUCUUGCAAGUUUGGGGAUGCCGGGAGGGAGAAAAUUUGUUUUUUUAAUAUGAGUCUCGGGGCUUUACGGGGUCCUUCGGAAAGUGAGAUUGCUAACAGUCAACCCAUUGAUAACAAAAGUCAUUUUAUGGCUAUCAUAACGCAGUUAUUAUCCAUGGAAAGUCGAUUGCAAGGUCUUUUGGUGGGUCCAUGGUUGAAUCCACAGCACUCCAGUAUUUGGCGUGAACACAUUCUGAAAGCAUCAAGCAUGUACAGCUUGAGACAUUCAUUGGUUGAAUUUGAGGCGAAUUUGCACCAUCUUGUUCUUUCACCUCAGUGGCUAAACCAUGUCGAUUCUGCCGUAGAAAUGGGCUCGUCUAAACAUGUUCUCAUUGCUUCCACACGAUCAUCGUCAAAGACUACCAUUGGUAAAAGAAGGGGGACAUCGUUGGAGUCUGGGGUUAACCAUACUACUGCAAAGAAUAAUGGGGGAUCGCCCAUGUGUUGGUGGAGAGGCGGCCGACUUUCACGGCAGUUAUUCAACUGGAAGGUUUUACCUCGCUCUUUGGUCUCGAAUGCUGCUAGACAAGGUGGAAGUGUGAAUAUUCCAGGAAUAAUGUAUCCUACUGAGAAUUCAGAGCCCGCUAAGAGAAGCCGACGUGUUGCCUGGGAAGCAGCUGUUGAGUCAUCUACGACUUCAGAGCAGCUCGGUUUUCAGGUGAGGACACUCCACUCUCACAUAAAGUGGGAUGAUAUUGAGAACAGUCAUCUUCUUCUUGCAUCGGACAACGAAUCCAAAAAAUCUGCCAGGCUGUUCAAAAAAGUGAUUGUCCGUAGGAAGUGCAUAGAGGAAGAGACUGUUAAGUAUCUCCUUGACUUUGGUCAAAAGAGAUCUAUUUCUCAAAGCAGAUAUAUUCCAGAUGUUGUAUUGAAGAAUGGUCGGAUGAUUGAAGAAUCCUCGGGUGAAAGAAGAGAGUACUGGCUGAAUGAAUCAUAUGUGCCUUUACAUCUGCUGAAAGGAUUUGAAGAGAGAAAAGCUGUACGAAAAACUAGUAACCCAGGAGGCUCUUUUAGACACCCUGAGAUAGAAAAAGUACGGGAAAGGUCCUCAGAGAGAAAAGGAUUCUCGUGCCUUUUUGAAAGGGCAGAAAGAUCCGAGUCUUCUUUGUGUGAGCAAUGUAAGGAACAUGUGCCUUUGAGUGAUGCUGCGUGGUGCCACAUCUGCAAAAAAUCAUUUCACAAAGAUCAUAUCAGGAGAGCGGACGAGGAAGGCAUGUACAUCUGUCUUCCAUGCAAAAGAGCAGUGCUAGCAGAAGAACAACCCAUCGUACAGAAAAGAAGGCGCCCCGCAGGGAGUCAACGUAAUAAAACUGGAGCUCGGACACAAAAGCGUAAAACGGUCAUACCUGCUCGCAACUCACUUCGGCUGAAGGCAGGGAGAAUAUCCUUUAGGGUAAAGAAACAUAAAAAGGCUGUUGCAACUAAACCAUUGCGACGUUCAGGCAGGCAAACGAAGCAGGUUGUUCGGCUGCAGGAUGAAAGUCAAGUUCCUGGAGGGAGUGAGAAACGGAAGCUGGAAACUGAAGGAGACAGAGGCAGUGCUAAGAAAGCAAGACAAGAGAAUUCCAAAACCCUUAAGAGAAAAGAAAGGUGCUCGACCUAUUGGUUGAAUGGACUCCGCUUAUCAAGAGAGCCUGGUGAUGAACGGAUCAAUAAGUUCCGGAGAGAUGGAUGUUCUAAACCUUUGAAGAACUCGGGUUCUGUUCAAGUUCGAGGUGAGUGUCGUUUAUGCGGCUCGAUGGACUCUGAAUCCGGAUCAACUCUCAUCGCCUGCGAAAAAUGUGAAAAAUGGUACCAUGGAGAUGCAUGUGGGAUUAACGAGAAGAAUUCAAGUAUGGUGAUUGAAUUCCGGUGCCAUAUCUGUCGAGAGAAGCCUUCACCCUCAUGUCCACCUAUGUAAUCUUACUACUUCCCUUGCCCCAUCCUAAGCUGUGAGUUUGUUAUGAUAGAAUAUUCUUAGGGUGGGAUCAAGUUGGGAGAAUUAGAUAGGGGAAGGUGUAACUUGGAGAUGUCUUUAGGAGAAGAGUAUUGCGUAAGUGAAUCAAGGGAAAGGAGUAACAGAAGAGGCAACAGUUUGGAGAUAGUAUGAAGUUAGUUUGGCUUGUUGGGACUGCUAACUUGGAUGAGUAGGUACUAAAGUGAAGUGUUUGACUUAAAAGAGUUGAGUGAACAAAUAUGAAAUUCAAGAACCAGAGAUAAUUUAUCUCAUUUGAUUUCUUUUUCUUUUUCUUUUUAUAAUGGAGGAACUUGGUAAACAAGUGAAAGUAUGUA